AUGUCAAUAAUAACUACCAACAACAAUGAAUUAAUUGAUGAUAUUUUUACUUGCCCAAGUGAUGAGUUUUACAAAUAUGUGAGACAGCAAUGCGGAGAAGAUAUUGAACAGUUACUGAAAACUCAAUCUAUUAGGAGUGCACCGCAUUUAAUUAAAAUGCCGGUCGACAAGAUAUUGAAAAUAUUGACAUGUGAUUCAGUCCAACUUCAAAAUCUAUGUUGUUUAAAAUGUAAAGGUGGUUAUGAAGUAAAAAUUGGAGUGGAAUAUGCAUUAAUUGCAUUGAAGAACGAAUUGAAAGAAAAAUAUGAAAAACGUUCCAAAAAACCCAGGUACCGUUCUAUUAAACCAUUAGCUGUUACAACAUUAACAUCAACAACAACAACAGCUCUCCCACUCUCACAGUCCCGGACAACAAGCACCACAACCGUUCCAAUUCAAAGAACACCACAAUCAUCAAUCAAUACGAAAAAAAACAAAGUAUUAAAUGAAAAUGGUCAUCGAGCAUUUUUAACGGAACAAGUAAACAAAUGGUGCAGUAAAAACAAAAACGUGAAACUGAAUGAAAAUGUCGAUUAUCGAAUUAUAAUAAAACCAAUAAUUGAUGAAAAUAAUGAACCAAUGAAAGACAUGUAUACGUGCUCAAUGAAAUGUUCAUGUGGUAGUCAAUUCAAAUUAGGUGUACAAAAUGAACGUUUUAAACUAUCAAUGUUUUAUCGUCAUCUUGAAAAUAGCCAAUGUCAAAUCAUAAAAGAAAAAUUAGAUAAAGAAAAUCAAAGGAAGAAACAACAACAAUCUUCAAAGGCAUCGACAAAUCAAAUACCCAAGAUUCCGUUGAAAAAUGUCAGUACGAAUGCUCAAAUUCCAAGUACAAUGGCAACAACUAUGGAUGGUAGCGGAGGUGUUAUUAAGCCAAACAAAAUUACAGGAAAAUUAGCUCCCAAACGUUCUACUGAUAAUCCUGAUGGCAACGUUGAUCGAUCACUAAAACAAUUAAGAAUCGUAUCAUCUACACAAUCGUCAUUUAAAGUCAUACCGCGUCCAAUAAACAUACAACAACAAUCGAAACAGUAA